AUGUCUGUGACACUCCAUACCACCCACGGCGACCUCAAAGUCGAGGUGUUCUGCGAAGCCGUUCCCAAAACGGCCGAGAAUUUCCUCGCUCUCUGUGCUUCAGGCGCAUACAACAACACCCCCUUCCACCGUUUGAUUUCCUCGUUCAUGAUACAAGGCGGCGAUAUCUCCCUCGCCCUUGCUCCGUCCGACUCCAAACCGACCUCGCUACCGUUUGAAAGCCCCAAAGGUGGAGCCUCCAUCUACUACCCAGAACCUCUCGAGCAGGAAAUCCAUUUGCCAUCAUUACGCCACAAUGCCCGGGGUAUCCUCAGCAUGGCGUCCAAGGCCGCGAAAAAGAGCGCUACGAGCAAUGAAACGAAGGACAUCAACGGCAGCCAGUUCUUCAUCAUCUUUGUCCCGGCGCCCCAUCUCGAUGGGAAGAGCACUGUGUUUGGGAAAGUUUUAAAUCUCGGCGCAAACGGUGAAGAGGAGGAUACAUUGACCCGACUGGAAAACGCGCGAGUGAAGAUUGAUAAGAAGGGGAGGGUUGUGCAGCCCAGCGAUGCAGCGAAGAUUGGAAAAGCAGAACCCGGGGGAGAAAGCGAAGACUGGGAAAGCAUUGGGAUCAAGAGCGUUACGAUUCAUGCCAAUCCAUUCGCCGCCUGA